CCAUUAGUCGUUCCUGAUACCAACUCAACUUUCGAGCUACCCAAAUCGAGCUAUCUUUGGUCAAUAGCAGCGAAUGUUCAUGUAAACAAACCUGGCCUGGAUUCAGCAACCACCUCAUUCUUUAACCCUCCCACUGCUUUCUUACUCGGGCGCUGGUGCGUAUAGCUGUAAUGGCAGCCAAGGUCAAGAAUCUUAUGAGCGCAGCGCACACUGCGGGCAUCUUUGCCGACAUUGCGGUGGACGGCCCAGAGAUUGGAACCCUGGUCGCUAUCGUCGAUCGGGCCAAGAACUUGCCGAACCGCAAGACGAUCGGGAAGCAGGACCCUUACUGCGCAGCCAGAUUAGGAAAGGAAGCCAGGAAGACAACGACAGAUGUCAGAGGUGGACAAACACCAAAAUGGGAUCAAGAACUUCGUUUCACAGUCCAUGACUGUCCGGAUUACUACCAACUCAAGCUAUCCAUCUUCACAGACGAUAAGCGGACAGACCUGAUUGGAGAGUCCUGGAUAGACCUCAGAGGAAUCAUUGUGCCCGGGGGGGGCCAAAAUGACUUUUGGCAAACAUUAACUUGCAAAGGCAAAUAUGCUGGAGAGAUUCGAGUUGAAAUCACUUUCUACGAUACUCGACCAAAGCCAGACAAGCCCGCACCGAAACAAAAGCAAAUUGCACCCGCUGAACCUGAUCAGGGUUCUGUCAAACAAAGAACGCCCGUUAAGAGACGUCCUUUGCCGUCUGAUCCUGUUACUGGCGAGGCUCCAGCUGUGACUCCUCCAGCCCCUGUUCCAGCUCCAACAGCAGCACCCCAACCAGCUCCCUUAGCGGCGCCUACAGCAACACCUACCGGUCCGGAUCACCGCACGCCUGUGCGAACUCACGGCAAACAAGCCUCGCACUCAGGAAGCUUUGUCCCAACACAGUCCCCUUUGCAAGCUGUCGAGUACAACACACCGCCGUCACACUCAUCACGCCGUCACACGGAGCAAUAUCCCCCAUCUCCACAUGGGCCUGUCCCACAGGAGUAUAUAACACCAAAUCGUGAGGCACCCCGCCAGUCGCGGAGGUCGAUGGUUCCUUAUGAGGGAGCCCACCAGCAGUACGAUGAGCGGGAGUAUAGUUCAAGAUACACACCACAACAAGAGCUGAUGGACCCUCGAGUUCAAUACUCUCCUCAACCAGAUCAAAUGGAUCCUCGAGGCCAUUACUCUCCUCAACAGGAUCCCUAUCAGCAGCCUCCGCCAUUAUUGGACGAUCCCAGGCAGUACUCGCCAGUAGAAAAUGAACGUCCUCCACCACCACCCGCGCACAGGAGUAGACACAACAGCACAGGCCAGGAACUUGUGCCGAGAGGAAGCUUCGAUACGUCACCAAACAAGAUGCCACAGAUGAGACAUGACGUUUUGAGACAUGAAGCUCAGAGACAGUCAAUGGUGGCUUAUCCUGGACGCCCGGCAUUUCGGGCGUAUGAUUCAGCCCCUGCCGCCAAUCAAUCCACCCCACCAAACACAAACAGCUAUGAUAGCUUACCGAGACAUAGCUCUUAUGACGCUAGUUAUGAUCCCCAUUACAGAUCUAUGCAGCCCACAGUUGAGGAUGUCCCUGAAGCCUCAGGCCCCCCUGGUCAGAACUUUGCCCAAAAUGGCUUACAGUUCCAGCGUUCUGAUGAGCUUUGCUUCGAUGACAACCCCAGCCCUGCACCUCUCGUCCUGCGGCGAUCUCCCGUUCCUGCUCCGGCCCCAUUCCGGGACGAUUACUCGCCAUCGCACGCCCCCCAAGAUUACCACAACCCUGAGGACUGGCAGGUGACAGUGUCACCAUCUCAUGGUCGAGGCUAUCCAAGAAACACCGGGGAUAAUUCUUAUUAUCCUCAGAGUGGCCAAGGUCAUUACCAAGGCCACUCGACUGACAUGACUGUCGCGCAUAGGCAAAGCCCACACAACUAUGCGCCGCCGCCUCUCCCAGCAGCUCUCGUACCGGGUUUGGAUGCAAACCAGUCUCAGGAAUUGACGGAUCUUAUAUAUGAGGACCGCCGGCAUGACCGAAGACAGCAUUCUCAGAGCAUGUCCAGCAUGCACACGCCUCCUCGAGGACGCCCUAGGAACGAGUCGUUCCAAGAAUACAACCAGCCGCCACCCGAGCAUGCUUAUGCUGUUCAGCCUUACAACCGGCGGGCUAUCACUUACAACCCGCCGGAGCAACAAAUUGUAAAACCUCGAGCCAUAUCGCCCGACCCACGCACAAGCCCCAACACACAGCACAGGAUCAAGCGUAAAUCGGUCAGUCCUGCGCCACCGCUCGAAGAUCAGAGGAGAAAGUCGGAUAUCCCUUUCGGACCAGACUCGUAUGAUGCAUUGAACCCCAGCCUUGUUUCGUCCAAAGACGGAGCAAGCCCAUCACCGGAUUUCUUGGACGAGGAGCCAAAGAAAAUCAUCACAUACGACGGACGGGAGAUUGAUCCUUCUGACCAUCUUCCUAUGGAGACAUGGGCCCCUGAACCGGAGAAGAAGCAACCGGAGUCUACCCCCAGCGAAACACGCUCGCGCCCUCCGCUAUCAGGGGCACAACCAAUGCCCCCAAGCACUCGAAGGCCACCUCGUAGUGGGCGUCAUUCGAUGUCUGCCGUCAACCCAUCUUAUUCAUUCUCCGAUGAACCACGCACACCCCCACAGGCCGGUCGCACCCGUCUUCAGAAGCGCACUAACCGCACUUCGGCUGGCAACUCCCCAGCAGCCUCUAGUCCACUGGCUCCGAUUUCUAAGGAUAAUUACCAGGAGAGGGCUCCAUACGGAAAUGCUUCGCUUCGCGGCCUACCCCGUGCAGGAACAUGGGACUUUGAAGACGAGAAUCGGGGUGCAUAUGGUGGCCCUCCCAUUCCAGCCAAGAUUCCUCUGCCCAUGAUGAGCGGUGCCAACGGCACAGGGCAGGAGUUAGCAUUAGUGCAGGAGAUGCAGCGAAUUGAUAUUGGGACAGGCAGGUCCCGACGCAGGGGAGGAUACUAAAUCAACGAAGGUAACGAGACCUAGAGGGAAUGUAUAAUAUUAUAUCCACGGUAGUAAUGAUUUCGGCGUUGGAAUAAGGCAACACUUGGGAGGAUGCGCAAGGUAAUGCUGGAGUUUUAUGCAUUGAUAUCAAGAAAAUUGUUCAAAAUUAGAAACCAAUUCAUAC